AGUGGCGACGUCACGCGUCAUGUAUUCAUGACUCGACGGUCUCCCAAUCCAUUCAGAAAUCCUUCAGGGCAGUCUACACAAGCAGCUGUCACCCCAAACACGACCGGCAUAUCUUCUUCAUCUACCCUUACGCCAGAAUAUGUCUCCAGUGCCAGUGACCGCUUAGAGCGACAGGGUGCCUUGAAUAGUGCACCAGCGACAUCGGCGAGUGCGACUCCGACGAUGACUUCAGCUCCCUCCUCGUCGUCUACAACAGCGACCCAGGCGGCGGAAAAUCGGUUUACAACAUCUGCGAUCGGUAACCCCCAUCGUGUUGACCCUCUCGAUAUUACUGAAGACGACCCGCCUGCUUAUACACCUGGACCAGACGUGCAUCGUGGAGAGGCUACAGUCGAAUUAGGUCCCGGUCGGCCUUUUCAGCCUCCUCCUCAACAACCUCCUCAACGACAUCCUUUAACACAACCACGACCCCCACAACAUCCAGGUUGGUCGGCGAUUCAGAAUCAUGUUGUCCCUCCCUCGACGCCUCCAACAUUAUUACAACAGAUCACAGGGAAUCUGGUGGAUAGAUUGAACAAUAUGUCUACCGGAGGGAACACUUACAACUACAACAGAUAUGAAUAUCCUGGAAAUUCUAGGCCACCCCCAAGACCCAGCGGAUAUCCUCCUCCUCCAGGUCCUCCACCUAGCCAUCUUGCACAACAGAACACAGGCCCAGCACAACAAUAUUAUUCACCUCCACUUAACCCACCUCCCGCUUCUGAUUUUGCCAGAGAUUUCUACCAAGCCGGUAGUGGUCCCAAUCCGCAGUCGAGCGAAGGUAAUACCGCACCUUCAAGAGCUUCUACUACACCCUCUGGUCCCGGUGUCACAGCGGAUCCUUCUUCAGGACAACCUCCAGCAUCGGCGAAUGAUAAUCGGCCAACACAGACACCAGCACCAGGUCACCCAUUGUUAAAUGACGGCAAACUGUUAGUAUAUCCAGCGGGGUUCACGUGCAGGAAAUGUAACAACAUCGGUUAUAAAAAAGCCGAUCCUAGACAUCCAUGCAAGAAAUGUUGGUCCAAAUAUGCCAAGCCAUUCGCUGGUGCGCUCAGUUACAGCGAUUUUUCGCCGAAUGCAUCCACUGGGUCUGGGACUACCUUCCAGAAACCUCUCCCAAUGCAAAAUCCGGCACAGCCUGUUGGUCCUGGUCCAAGUAAUGGAUAUCCAGGUGCAGCUGCUCAUUAUCAGCAAAGCCAUCCACCUCCAAUUCCAUUCCAUACAUCGUUCCCCCCUCAUAGACCCCCUCCUCCCCUGCAGCAUCCUUCAAUUGUAGUUACAGGUCCUGGUUACCGACCAUAUCCGCCUGGAAGCAUCGUUUACAAACCAGGUGACGCAAGGAUAGGUGGACAGAUGUGUUGGAAAUGCGAUGGGGACGGUAUGGUGGACAUGUUGUUUUGGGAGGAUAGAUGUGAUGUUUGCGGGGGGACUGGUAGGAUUUUUAGGUAGGAAUUUAGGUUAGGGAUAAUGUUUUCAAGAUCUGGGACUUUCCUGAGGGUUACUUUUACUUCUAUGUUGUUGUAAAUGAAAGACGAUUUAGGCACAACCCUGGGGUGUAGCCGGCGCGCACCCAUUCGCCUAUAUCAGUACUUCUACAGCACCCCAAACUUACCAUGUACAUAAGGCAUCUAAAUGUUCAAAUACAUGCAGAAUAAUACAAGUUCUACAAUCUUCCUGUCACCCACCUCGCUACCAAUGAGCUAUGUCGGCUUCAGCCUCUCCAAAUAAGCUAGUUUGCUUAAUGGCAAAGCCUUCAACAGGUUCAUCACUAUCAAUGGAUAGUUUGUAAAACUCUUCGAACUCGCGGCGCAAAACCCGCAGAAUAUGAGU